AUGUUUCCCAUAUUGUCUCGGAGGGUACCUUUAUCCUCGAAGCACUUACGGGCGAGCUAUUCUGAUGCAGUCUCAACGGAAGUAGGACUAGCACAAGUUUCGACACAAGUUUCGCAACCUGCCAAAGCGAUGGCUAUGCACUCGUCUGUUGUGAGGAAUAAUUUUACAACCGCCUCAUCUUUCCAAUCCUUGUCCCGACAGAACUGUUGCUUUCCAUCGCUGCGACAUCAGUCACAAGGGCGUAAUCACCUCAAGUCGAAGCCAUUCUCCUUACAUCUGCCGCAGGAGCAUUCUGGUGUGUGUGUGCUGCGAAACAAUCCUCUCCAACAAUCGCAGUUGACAACAAGCCGUCGAACCUACUUUACGAAUGGAAAGGUGACCAAAGAUAAUGACCCCUACGAGCUAUUGGGGUUGCAAUGGGGAGACGGUGCCACAUCGGCUGAAAUCAAAAAGGCGUUUCUUGUAAAGGCUCGAGAGUUACAUCCCGAUCUGAAUACCACUGAUUCGCCCGAACAAGCACAGCUGAAAUUUCAAAAACUGGUCAAGGCUUACGAAACACUGGUACCUCCAAAAGACUCUGAAGCCAAUGAUGCCUCCCUUGAAGACUGGAGAUUAACGAUUUGGCGCCAAGGGGAUAGAAUUGCCCUGGAUCGAACUGAUGUGGCGGGCCAAGCUAGGGUGCGACCGGCACCUCCAGCAAAAACUCCGAGACACCAAUACCAUUCCCGGGAAUUGGGACAUCCACAAGGGGUAAAUGUGAAAAGAGGAGAGUAUUUAGAGGCUGGCAGUAAGAACGCUAGUAGCUAUAAACGCAAAUCUUCCUCAGUUGGGACGGGGCGAAGCAAAUGGGUCAAGCCAAAGGAAUUCAAACCAUGGAAUCCAAACGAGAACGAGGGAGAGGAGUUCAAGUGA